AUGUCAGUUCUUUUCACCAGCAUAUCGGAAAACAACCCGGUUAAACCAGGCGAUGCUGAGGCGCUUAUCCAACCCUUGGGGCUGACUAUUGAUCCAUCGGAGUCAAAUGACUUCCAUACAUUACUAGCUGCAGUUCACGAAUGUGCCGAGGGUGUUCUUGCUCUUCCAGAUUAUCAACCGGUGUCUGAUCAAGUCAAGUAUCCACGGGAGAACGUUCGACGACCAGGUAAAGACGAGCAGGUCCUGGGACAAGCCUGGGCACACCGAUUCCUUAUUCGAGGAACCCCAGGAGGUGCCUUGACUGGGAAAUCAAUCAGCCUGAAGGAUGUCAUUGCAGUAGCUGGAGUACCACAGCUCAUGGGCAGUGAUAUCAUUCCAUCGUGGACACCCACAACUGAUGCGACUGUUGUGACGAGGCUUCUGGAAGCUGGUGCAAAUAUUCAUGGAACCUCCACCUGCGAGAAUCUUUGCCAUUCCACUUCGUCAUAUACCAGUGCUCAGGGUGUUGUUGAAAAUCCAUAUGCAACUGGCUAUUCUGCUGGAGGAAGUACUUCUGGAGGUGCUGCUCUAGUUUCAGCUAAGCUGGUUGACAUUACUAUUGGAGGCGAUCAGGGUGGAAGUAUUCGUGUUCCUGCCUCACUUUGUGGAUGUGUUGGACUAAAACCCACAUACGGACGUGUCCCAUAUACAGGCGUCGCCAGCGGUGAUGCAAUGAAUGAUCAUGUUGGACCUUUAGCACGAACAACCAUGGAAGUUGCAACAUGUCUUGACGCCAUCAGUGGCUAUGAUGGCAUUGAUGACCGGUCCUUAGGUAGUACAAAGCCAGACUCAACAAAUUUUGCAACAACUCUUAAACAAGGCCCUCGGCGACUUGACGGCCUCCUUAUCGGACUCCUCAAGGAAGGCUUUGAGCAUGAAGCAGUAGCAUCCACUGUUCGGCAAUCCGUUCUAACUGCUGCUAAAAGGUUUGAAGAGCUAGGUGCAACUAUCGAGGAAAUAUCCCUCCCAGGUCACUUGCAAGGGCCAGCAAUUUGGACCAUCCAGCAACGAAUAGCCGGUGCACAAACUCUGCUAGGUCAAAAUACUGGUCGAAGAAGCUUGUGUAUGACGGAAAUGGAACGAGCCAGGCUACCCUGGACCGAUGAAGGAUUUCGACGAGCCUUUCCCUCAACAAAGAAUGUGAUUAUCAACGGCCUUUACCUCACGUCACAGUUUCCGGAUCUUUAUGGCAAAACAGUCAACAUUGGACGUCAAAUGAGUGAUAAAUACCAAGUCUUGUUUGAGAAGUACGAUGCGAUCGUGAUGCCGACCACUCCAGUGGUUGCUCCUAGACAUGGUACACGAGGCUUACCUGUGGAGUCUCUUCAACCAAGUAUGGGGCUCACAAUUAAUACUGCCAUUUUCAAUGUGACGGGCCAUCCGGCCAUGUCAAUCCCUAUCGGAUUUGCGCCAGCCAAGGACGAUGAAGAGAUAAUGUUACCUGUCGGCAUGCAGAUUGUCGGUGGCCUAUGGCAGGAAGAGAAGAUUCUACGAAUAGGACAUGCAUGGGAGUCUCACUAUGAGUGGACUAAAAUGCAGUUUAGUACUGAGCUGAACUAG